UAGACAUGGAGCUAUGCAUUGGGUAGAAACUGAAGUAAACGUGGAUGAGCAUGUAAUUAUUCCAGAGUUUCCUCCGGGUCAAACUGAAUAUGAUGAGUUUGUGAAAGACUAUAUCGGUAAUAUACACCUAACCCCUCUUCCCAAGUGUAGGCCCUUGUGGGCGUUUCACUUCAUCAACUACAAUACAAGCAAGGCCAGAGCCACAAUGGUUAUAAACAUGCACCAUUCGUUAGGUGAUGGUACUUCCCUCAUGUCCUUACUACUCUGUUGUGUCACCAGAGUAGACGACCCCAAUCUCCCUGUUACUUUUCCUUCAUUUACAUCUCCACCUCACAAAACUAUUCCAUACUAUUCAUGGGUUUCCACUGAAUUUAUUUAUUACAUGUUUCAAAGGAUAUUUGUUCCUCUGCUUGUACUGUGGUACACUGUUUCUGAUCUCAUUACCAACUUCCUUAGAAUUAUAUUGAUGGAGGAUAGCAAGUUGCCCUUUCGCGGGCCUCCUGGUGUUGAGAUGCUGCCGAAAGUCAUGUCUUCUGUCACCUUCCUCAUGGAAGACGUCAAAAAGAUAAAGAAUUCCGUCGGAGGAACGGUAAAUGAUGUGGUAAUGGGCGUAAUAUUCUAUGGUUUUCAACGAUAUCUGGAGAUUUCUGUUUCUCAUGGAGAAAUGUUAGGAGUCACGAAGGAAAUGGCGAAGUCAAGAGUAACAGGGAUUGUGUGCAUGAACACAAGAGAGUUGUCAGGAUUGAAGGAUAUAAAAGAUAUGCUGAAAUUUAACAGUCGAGCACCAUGGGGAAACCACUUUGGGAUGUUACAAAUCCCUAUGCCCGUAGCUAAUGCAGAGAGUCCAUUAGACUUCGUACGAAGAGCAAAGCAAAUCAUAGACAGGAAGAAAAUGUCACUGGAAGUCUUCCUUACCAGAAGAAUACUAUGCUCUAUAGGCCGAAGGGCAUCUGCUAGUGGUAUAUAUAACACUCUGGCAAACACAACAUUAGCAUUAUCGAAUAUGAUCGGCCCGACAGAAAAGAUAGCUCUCAAUCAAAUUCCGGUUAAGAGCAUCUCUUUCUCAGUAUCUGGGAUUCCUCAGACACUUCUUUUGACGGUAGUGAGCUACAUGGGAAGUGUGAGGUUGGAAGUGAUUGGCACCAAAGGCUAUGUAAAUUCUGAUACUCUAGCGAAGUGUUUUACCGAGUGCUUUGAGGAGAUGAAGGAGGCCACAAAGGGAUUAUGAAGAUAACGCAAUUGGUGCCUGGAUUUAAAGCUUGAUUAUGCUCUAGCUUCGUUUUCUUACCUCAGGGCUGAAACACGUUGGCUAAGCUUUUUUUAGAGUUUACUAAGCCUUAAGUAGGGUAAUUAGUACUUGCAGUUUCCCAAUUGUUCAACGUUGGUGAUUCAUUAGAGUUGUGAUAUGUGGAUUAUAAAGGUCAAUGUAUUCUAACGUGGAGUAGAUUUAAAGUUUCUGUCUGUUUAUUUUCGUAGUGUAAUUUCGUCAUAAGUGUUAUCAUAGAGUCGGUGGAAUAAAAAUGGAAGGAUUGUAAAAGAAUCUAAAUGUAUUUUUUUUUUAAGAUCGGG